UCACAGACUGCGAAGGUUUCGAGCCGCAAAAUACGGAAAAAGUCUCGCGUCGGUCCUAGCUUUCUGAUUCAGUCUGCGUUUAGUGAAAGUUGUUGGCUGCUCAGUGGUUAUUGUAGCAGCAUUUAACAACCCUUCAUUUACUUUUACAUGAUUCAAAGCAAGUUUCAGCGAUGGAGAUCACACCUAAAGCAGCUAAAUUACAGAGGGACUGUUGUUCACCAUGUAGUUCAGUAGAGUCAAGCCCGUGUGACUACAAAGAGAAGCAUCAACCGAAGCUGAGUGCCUCACUGAGGGAGAGGCUGAAGAGAUCCAGGCGCUCCUUCAUCUCUCCCCUCUCUGUGGCCAAACGCCUUUGUGUUGAUGAUGAGGAGAAUGGCCAACAAGUUUCAGCAGAUUCCCAGCAGCCCGUUAAUAAUCCUCCAGUGGUUUUAAGCAGUGUUGAUGUAAACAGAAAUGGGGAGAGAGAAGGCAGUAAAACGUUGUCUGGGCCUGCUCCCAAAUCAACACAAUAUCCUUCAGGAGACUUUGCACAACGUCUCAGGAAGGAGGUGAAAGACAAAACAGAGACUCUACGUAGACUCAAGAUGGUUAAAAUGUACAGAAGCAAGAAUGAUUUGACUCAUCUCCAAACAUUGAUUGAUAAGUGGCGGCAUUGUGCUCAAGCUGCGCUGUAUGAACUGCAAUCAGAAGUCCCUAUUGAUGGACGAAAAGCCAGCUUGUCUGAGCUGAUUGACCUGUUCAAUUUGGAUGAGAGCAUUCUGCACUUUGACCGCACAGAGGACGACUUCACUACCUAAUAAAAUGUUACAGGGGAACAAUCACAUUUCAGAUGUCCUGUUUAUUGUUUAAUUUGUUGCUGCUACAGUUCAAGUUGUACACUUUAUGUUCAAUUUAUCUGCUGAGAGAAGCUUAAAUAAAACCGUAAAAAUCUGUUGAAGAA